CAAAACCAUACGUUAAUUCUUUAUGAUCUCGCUUCCUUGCUGUUUUUGUUCUUUCAUAAUUUGCUUCGUUUAUUUCUACUGUUAGUCGCCUAGAAAUAAAUCUUAUUUUUAAUUUUUUUAAUUAUUCUCAUUAUGGACAAUUAAUUAAGGUUUUAACUCAGAGAGAAUGGAAGAGUGCAAAGUUGAUACCGACUUACCUUUGAAAAUGGCUCAUUUAGAUAUAAUGGAAAUAGAUGAGGUAAGCUCAUCUGCACAAGAGAGCAAAGGAUCAGAGGUAACACGAGUUUUAAGAAAGAGAAAGUCGUUGUUGCCUGAAAUUAAUAAAUCAAGCAAUCGUCGGGUUAAUAUGAAACCUCGAAAACAUGUAACCAUGAUUGAGAAUGCUAAUCCAAAACAAAUUGAAGCUUUAUACCUUAAUAAAAAAGUCAAAGCCUUGUCCCAGACUUUAGAAACUAUUUACGAAGAACCUAAGACUGAUAAUAGUGACAACGAAACUUUAAUUGGUGGUAGGAAAGUUAAGAGAUUGUUAACAUUCCAAUUAGGUAGUCAGUACACAAAGGAGAAGAUUAAGAAACGAAGAGCCAAAAUUAAAAAAUUACUUGGUAACAAAUCUUUUAUGAACAGGAAGAAAAUACCCAUGCAAGUUUUUCUUAAAACAAUUGAAUGUUUAGAUUUGGAUGAGGUUGUACAAGGGGAUACAAAGGUGUUAGGUGAAGGCAAAUUGUAAUGUGUUUUGUUACCUGUGGUAAUUCACCGAAUUUGUAAUUGAAUCAAUUGUAUAAAAUGAUACAAAUA